AGCGAGGCAGCCUCGCAGCAGCUCGGGGUUUGUGCUCACCGAGAGGGAGACUUAGGGACCCGCAGACGGACGGACUGACUGGCGGAGAGGACCCUCCCCGUGUCCCCGCGCCAUGGCCGAGAGGAAGCAGUCUGGGAAGGCGGCAGAGGACGAAGAGGUCCCUGCCUUCUUUAAAAACCUGGGCUCGGGCAGCCCCAAGCCCCGGCAGAAAUUCUGUGGCAUGUUCUGCCCGGUGGAAGGGUCCUCGGAGAAUAAGACCAUCGAUUUCGACUCGUUGUCGGUGGGCCGGGGCUCGGGGCAGGUGGUGGCUCAGCAGCGGGACGUCGCCCACUUGGGCCCGGACCCGCAGCCGCCGUACUCCCGCCAGGGCCGGCGUGCCGGCGGGGAGCCAUCUGUUGAAUCGGGCCGGAAGGUGGAGAUCCGGCGGACCUCGGGCAAGGAGGCUCUGCAGAACCUCAACGACCAGAGUGAUCGUCUUCUGAUCAAAGGAGGUAAAAUUGUUAAUGAUGACCAGUCGUUCUAUGCAGACAUAUACAUGGAAGAUGGGCUGAUCAAGCAAAUAGGAGAAAACCUGAUCGUGCCAGGAGGGGUGAAGACCAUUGAAGCGCAUUCCAGAAUGGUGAUUCCUGGAGGAAUUGAUGUCCACACUCGUUUCCAGAUGCCUGACCAGGGAAUGACGUCUGCUGAUGACUUCUUUCAGGGCACCAAGGCGGCCCUGGCCGGGGGGACCACCAUGAUCAUUGACCACGUUGUUCCCGAGCCUGGGACGAGCCUGCUGGCCGCCUUCGACCAGUGGAGGGAAUGGGCCGACAGCAAGUCCUGCUGUGACUACUCUCUGCACGUGGACAUCACCGAGUGGCAUAAGGGCAUCCAGGAGGAGAUGGAGGCGCUGGUGAAGGACCACGGGGUCAACUCCUUCCUCGUGUACAUGGCUUUCAAAGAUCGCUUCCAGCUAACGGAUUCCCAGAUUUAUGAAGUACUGAGUGUGAUCCGGGAUAUUGGUGCCAUAGCCCAAGUCCACGCGGAAAACGGUGACAUCAUUGCAGAGGAACAGCAGAGGAUCCUGGAUCUGGGCAUCACAGGCCCUGAGGGGCACGUGCUGAGCCGGCCUGAGGAGGUCGAGGCGGAAGCCGUGAAUCGUUCCAUCACCAUUGGCAACCAGACCAACUGCCCUCUGUACAUCACCAAGGUGAUGAGCAAGAGCGCGGCUGAAGUCAUUGCCCAGGCCCGGAAGAAGGGAACUGUGGUGUACGGCGAGCCCAUCACCGCCAGCUUGGGGACUGACGGCUCUCACUACUGGAGCAAGAACUGGGCCAAGGCCGCUGCCUUUGUCACCUCCCCACCCCUGAGCCCAGAUCCAACCACUCCAGACUUUCUCAACUCCCUGCUCUCCUGUGGAGACCUCCAGGUCACUGGCAGUGCCCACUGCACUUUCAACACUGCCCAGAAAGCCGUAGGAAAGGACAACUUCACCCUGAUUCCCGAGGGCACCAACGGCACGGAGGAGCGGAUGUCCGUCAUCUGGGACAAGGCUGUGGUCACUGGGAAGAUGGACGAGAACCAGUUUGUGGCUGUAACCAGCACCAAUGCAGCCAAAGUCUUUAACCUUUACCCCCGGAAAGGCCGCAUUGCUGUGGGAUCUGAUGCCGAUCUGGUCAUCUGGGACCCUGACAGCAUCAAAACCAUCUCUGCGAAGACACAUAACAGUUCUCUGGAGUACAACAUCUUCGAGGGCAUGGAGUGCCGUGGCUCUCCUCUGGUGGUCAUCAGCCAGGGGAAGAUCGUCCUGGAGGACGGCACUCUCCACGUCACCGAGGGCUCAGGGCGCUAUGUUCCCCGGAAGCCCUUCCCUGACUUUGUUUACAAGCGCAUCAAGGCAAGGAGCAGGCUGGCAGAGUUAAGAGGAGUCCCUCGCGGCCUGUAUGACGGACCUGUGUGCGAGGUGUCCGUGACGCCCAAGACGGUCACUCCAGCCUCCUCAGCCAAGACAUCUCCCGCCAAACAGCAGGCCCCACCUGUCCGGAACCUGCACCAGUCUGGAUUCAGCUUGUCUGGUGCUCAGAUUGAUGACAACAUCCCCCGCCGUACCACCCAGCGCAUCGUGGCGCCCCCUGGUGGCCGUGCCAACAUCACCAGCCUGGGCUAGAGCUCUGGCCUGCAGGCCACUUGGGAAUGGGGGAUGGGACACCUGAGGACAUUCUGAGACUUCCUUCCUUCUCCUUCUUCUUCUUCUUCUUCUUUUUUUUUUUUUUAAAGAGCCUGUGAUAGUUGCUGUGGGCAGCCAGUUCAUGGGGCUCCCUCUUGGGCCCUGCACUCCGUCUCUCACUUGGAGUUAUGAAUUUGUCACCUACUUCCCUGUACAUGAGUACCACACCCAAGCCUAGCCACCCGUCCCCACACGGAGCUGCACCCAACACUCAGACGUGCUACAAAGCAAACCCCAGUGAGGGCGCCCUCCACUGCGCCCCCCUGUGCUUGUCAGCAUCUUUCCUUGUCAUGGGGGGAGAUACAGUGAAUUGCCCAGAGCCGCCUUUUUUUCUUUUCUUUUUAAAUUUUUUAAAAAGUUUUUUUUUUUUUUUUUUUGUGGAGCUGGGGAGGGAUGGGGGUGGGCUAGAGUUUUGUUCGUUUUUUUUUUUUUUUUAAUACUGAAUUGGAAAGUCUGAUUCAAUAUUAACACACAGGGUUUGAACUGGACAUCCUAAUGAUGCAAUUAUAUAACCAUCAUGCUGACUCAGGGUGGUUGGCAGACUCGCUUUGUCCCUCCUGAGAGGCUCCAAAGUGUCCACAUCGCCAUUCUGUAAUCUUCUGGGUCAACUGUUGAGAAAGGGCAAGUUUUCUUUUUUGGCCUAGAUUUUGCAGCAGAUUAGAUCUUUUGAGGAUUCUCUUUGCCAUUUUUCUGCUCUCUCUCUCUCUCUCUCUCUCUCUCUCUCUCUCGUGUUGUCAGUCAUGAGUACCUUCAGAUAUCUGGCUCUUUCUCCAUGUUUCCUCUGGCCCUUGUCUCUGAGAUGGUAUUUUCCCCCCGUCCCCGUCGUCUUUUCCGAUUGCCAGGGUAACAGUUUUACUGAGGCCAGAACCUGUCCAGCAGGACUUGAGCUUUGCCCUUGUGACCAUUGUACAUGUUAUCCUGGUCCUGGAAGAGUGGUGCUAUCCGCCCACCGUCACGAGGAGGUGUGUCUGACUUUGAGACUCUUGCCAGGUGCAGGGAUAGGGUGGGUUCUCACCCACGCUGUCCAGGGCGGGCCCAGUAUGGAGCCACACAGAGUUGAGCAUUGGAGAAAAAUGCAGAGCUAACUGGCCCAAUCCAUAAAUCCAACCCAGUAACCCAGUGAACCAGCCAGCCGCAAGCCAUCUACCACCUUAGAGGGGCCUUGCCCAUGGGAGUCUGGCCCUGAGGGUCAGCUCUUUUUUCUCCUGGAAAGUUUCUAGACUAUAUUGGGCCUUUUCACUUAGGGGGAAAACACCAUUUUUUUUUUCCCGGUUCAAUUAUUUCAAAAGAAGUAAUGCAACAUAGGGAGAACUUAUCAACCCAGAAAAUCCCUUGGAACUUUGACUUAAAGACCUGUUCACUUUGCAAGAGGAAAGAAAAAUGUUGUAUGUAUUGUCUGUCACAUCAGGGCUGUUGUGGGAGAAAACCUUUCAAGUCCAGCAUGUGGCCCACUUAGACCACGGUGGCCUCGUGUCUCACACUCCUCCCUUCCCUUGGCUCAGAGACCCCCCCUACGCUAGCUGGCUGCUUUCUGUCCCUGCUGACUUGUGUCGCAUUUCUUUCCAAACCUGUUUCCAGGUCCUUGUAAGCAAUGUCAGGUCUGCAGGCUUCUAUGAAACCAAAUCUGCUUUUGUCAAGUGCAACAUCAAAACGUAGAUCAUCACAUCUUGACGCUUGUCUAUCCACACGUUUUGCCUUCGGGGUUAUGGUCGGGGUUUUGGUUUGUCGUCGUUGUUGUUUAUUUGUUAUUUUAAAGGUGAAUUGCACUUUUGAAAAAUUAAUUGGUUGACUUAAUAUAUUUGUUUCUUUCUUUUUUUUUCUUUCUUACCUUCACUUAGAGGAAAUUUGAACAAGUUGGAAAACAUUUUUGUUUCAAUUCUAAGAAACACAAGCAGCUCGUCAGUAUUCACUUGUCUUCCUGUUUUUCCUGUACCAGGUCAUGGUAAUUUUGGUUGUUUUGAUUGUUUUCUUAAAAAAAGAAAAGAAAAGAAAAGAAAAGAAAAACAGUUUAAAAUCUGAAGGUUUCCACAGGCUGUAUAAGCAUGUUUACCUGUUGGCUUGCUGUGUGUGUCUGUUAAACACAUGUCAUAUGUAAAUGCUAAAAUAAAUCGACAGUGUCUCAGAACUGAGUAACUGCAGUGACUUGAUGCUCUAAAACAGUGUAGGACUUAAUAAUAGAUGGUUUUUAAUCCUUGCGAUUGUGAUUGUGACCCCUGAGUGGAGGACCUUUCAGUGCUAAAGCUGAUCAUGUGUGUAACCAGAAGAGACUUUUGUUUUUGUUUUUGUUUGUUUUUUUUUUGUAACCACUGUCUUAAUGGCAAAAUAAUUAUGGUAAAAGACAAGUCUCGUGUUUAUUAUUCCUUAAGAACUCUGUGUUAUAUUACCAUGGAACACCUAAUAAAGCAAAAUGUGGUUGUUUCA